CGCGGGACAAGAACGAACUCGACCGUAAACAACAACCUUCCCUUGCAAGUCAUUUUCUCCCUCUUAUUGCAACAUUGCACGAUGGUUUCCGCCGCCGAUGAGCCCAGAAUGCGCGUCAACGGUGCAACACUCGCCCAGCAUAAUGGCAGACCCGUGGUGCUGAUGGGACAGGUCGAAAAGAUUGAUCCAUCUGGAAUGAUGAUAUUAGUGAAGGCAAGUGAUGGUCAGUCAGUCCAGGUCAAGUUGCAGGAGCCACUGCAGGAAAACCUCGAAGGUCUUAUAGAAAUCCACGGCUUUGGUCAAGGUCGUCAAGUUAUGUGCCAGAGUUAUGUGUCCUUCCCCAUGGAAUAUGCCAGCAGUUUUGAUAUGGAUGCUUAUGAUCAAGCUAUCAGACUUUUGCACUCAGUAACUCCAAAUCCAUGGAAAUUCAAAGAAAAACAGCAUUUAUUUCAAGAAAAUGUAUCUUUUGUUUGCAUUGAAAUAAUUGCAAAAUGUUUGGUAAGGCUGUGGGCCAUUGCAAAAAUAUGAUGGCUUGUUGUGAUGUAAAGACAAAUAUUAUCAUAUUGUCAAAUAAUAUCAGUGGAAGAAAGAAUUAUUCAUGCUUAAGGAAGAGAUUUUUGUUAUAAUUCCCUCUGAGCUUAAUAAAGCUGUACUUUUAAAAAA